AUUCUAGGCCUAGAUCUAGAUCUAAGUUUAGAAAUACAUUAUACAUUCUCUAGAAUCUAGAUCUAGGUUUUUACUAGGUUAUAAAAUUAGAAUCUAGAUGUAGAUAGUAGAGAUUGUAAAUAAAUACUAUUCAAUACCUUUUUUAGAUCUAGACCUAGAAUGACCUACUAGAUCUAUAUAUUCAUAUAUUGCUAUAUUAUAGAUCUAUAUAAUAUAUAGUUAUAGUAUAGAUCAUGAUGUAGAUCUAGAUCUAUUCUUUUACUAGACUUUAGAUCUAACUAUAAUAUUAUAUAAUUAUAUAUGGAUCUAGCUGAGAUAAGUCUAGUCUAGAUCUAUCCAAUCUAUCUAUCCUAUGUUUUAUAUAAAUAAAUAUAUAAAUAUAGUCUAUUUUUAAGUCUAUAGAGCUAGGCUAGAUCAAGUUUCUAGACAUACGAUAUAAUAAUUAAUUAUAUACUGGUACAGUACACCACUAGUGACACUAGUCUAGCGAAUCCAGAACUUUGAAGUUGGGGGGGGGGCAAUUUUUUUGUUUUCAAACCCUAACCCUAACGCCCAGUAAACCCUAACCGGCCUAAGUAUAAACACACGUACAGCAUGAUAUAAUAUAUAUAUAUUAGAAUUUAAAAUAAAAUCUAUGUGUUUCUCAACCUUUGGCAAAAAAAAAACUGCCAUGUUGAGCCCUUUCUCUGACAGCUAGGGGGUCUGGGGAAACGCUGUAUGUUUCCCCAGUGGGGUCUGGGGCGAAGUCCCAACGCCAAAAGCGUUUUCUUGCAUUCUUCACAGCAGAAUCACAUUCUCCUGAAAUCUUCAGCUCAUUAUUCAUCCUAUUAAAAAAGGACCUAAGUUUGAAUAAUGUUUUACUUGAAAAAUAUUCUAAUUAUUUAUGAAUUUACAGACGCUUUCUACAUUGCAAAUACAACCUAUAUGUUCCUUGAAAAGAUAAGAUACCCCACAUAUUUAGAUUAAGGCUUUGGAUUGCUGCCGAAAAAAAAUUAUUCGAAAAAUAAUAAUAAUAAAAAAGCAAGAAAAAUAGCCAUGUUGAGGCCUUUCUCUUGACAGCUAGGCGGUCUGGGGGAAUGAUAAGAUACCCCACAUAUUUAGAUUAAGAUUUUAAGGAUUUCUGCCGAAAAAAAAAAUUUGAAAAAUAAUAUAUACAAAAUUUUGUUCAAUAGGCAUGUUUGUAACUUUGUUUUGUUACAGAACUAUAGUUCAAAGCUCUAAACAAAAAAUUUCGGAAGUGGGAGGAGAAAUUAAGAGGGCCAAUUAGAUUCUACUCUAAUUUUUUUGCACUUUUAGGAUUUAAGUAUAUAUUUGUAAUUUCUUAACUAAAAUACACAAAGAAUAAAAAAAUUGGUUUGUCCGAUUGGCGGAAGGCGAUUGCAUGUAUCGCCCCUCCCACCUGAUCUAGAUUUCAUCUAAUAGUCAGAAUGGAGUUUAUGCCAGCUGAAGAAUACUCAGAUGAAGACAGUGCAGAUGGAUUCUUUGAUGAAGACCAUUAUUCUGAAAAUUGCAAUUUGAAAUACAAAUAUCAAGUGGAAAAACAGAAUGAAAUCAAUAUAAAUGUUUUAUCAACUGAAGUUAAGCCAAAGUGCUCAAAGCCUCACCCUCAAACUACUUGUCACAAUGGUCAACAGCAAAACGAUAAAAAUAGAAUUAAUAAUAAACUUUCCCUUGAGGACCCUGAAGUUCCAACUAAUUUGUUACAUUUGAAUAGUAACCACAAUACUGCUCCAGAUUUCAAUCAAAAACAGGCAAUUUGGAAAAGCACCUUUGUUCGCCACGAUGCUAGUCACCCUUGUUUCAGUGAGACUAAUGUGUUCACAAAGGAUGACUUCAAGAAAGCUGCAGUGAAAGGCAACGUCUCUGUGCUUCAGCAGUGUCUCAGUCAAGAUUUGGCCUUUGACGCACCAUUCAAAGGAGGAUGGACAGCAUUAAUGUAUGCAGCCAAUUAUGCUCAACCAGAUGUUGUGCAACUUUUAAUAACUAAAGGCGCCAAUGUUAAUUAUCACUUUGAUUUUUUUACACCCCUAAUGGCUGCCUGUUCUGCAAGCGAAUCAGAAAAAGAAGAAAAUGUGACUAAAUGUGUACAACUUCUAAUUGAAGCAGGUGCAGAUAUUAAUGUACAAGAUAGACUUCACAUCACCUCACUGAUGCUUGCAAGUAGAGAAGGGCAUGCCAAGGUUGUUGAUAUUUUGAUUAAACAUGGAGUAGAAGUCAACAAACAGGAUGGCAGAGGCUGGACAGCACUGACGUGGGCUGUGCAGCGAGGAAAGAAAGAUGUAGUGAGAUAUUUGUUAAGCUCUGGGGCAGAUCCUGACAUUCAGCACCAGGACAAAUUAACUGUAAAAAACUUGGCAGCUUCUUUACCCACCAGUGAGAUGUUGGAUCUAUUAGAACAUGAAGAUACUACUCAGGAAUCUAAGAAAUCAGCUGUUGGUACUACUUUAGAUUUAUCCAUUCCACAAUCCAAAUUUGAUGAUUUAAAGAUGUUUUUGUGUGGUUUAGACCUUCCACAUUUAGUUUGUCUAUUUCAACAACAGUUGGUAGACCUGAGUGUGUUAAUGACAUUGACAGAACAAGAUUUAGUGCAAAUGGGUGUUGAUCAAGUGGGUGCUCGCAAGAAAAUCUUGGAUGCUGUACAUGCAAUCCACAAAAAAGACUGGCAGCAAUCAAGUCUUGUUUCCUUUAAUUACAAUAAAAAACUCAGUUGUGCUGAUGUGAUCGCCAUCAUGGCUAACUCCUCCAGGCAAAUUCGUUACCUAAACAGCUCUACUGUGUAUAUCAAAGGUCAGCUCAAGAGUCAUCCAGAACUGGUUACACAACCAACUGACCAAGUAUCCCCUUUGUUGUUCAAUAGACACAUUGAAGAUACACUCAAAAAUGUGAAAGUCUUAAAUGAACAACUUUUGAAGCUACAAUUAGAAUUAAACCAGGAAAUGAAACAUCGCUGUUUAGAGCCUGCAGACUUAGUGAAAGGAAAUGGUUUCAAGCACAGAAGAAGAAAGCAGCUAAUGUUUAUCUUUACUCUGUGUGUUUGUGUAGCUGUACCUUUAUAUUACUACAGAAAUAGUUUGUUGACUUUUUGGCCAUUCAAUGUCUCUUAUUCUUAGUUUACUGAUACAUGACAUAAUUUUGCCUUUAUUAUUUAUUGUCAUCUGCUGUUGAUUUUUCUUUACAAUAGACAAAUUUUACAUUGGAUAGGGUUUCUUGGUGUACAUGUCCAAUCCCACCAGUUUUAAAUUUAGGGUUUCAAAAAUCUAUGAGAUUAUCAAGCUAAAAUAAUGUUAUUUUUCUUAACGUUUUGCUAAGGCAUCUUAUUUUGGUUUGCUUCAUAAAUCUUUCCUAUACAGCUGACAGUCCAUCAAACAGAUCACAUUUUUUAUUGCUUUUUCACCCAGUUUAUAAAUGCAGGUGAAAAUCUUUCAGUUUUUAUGUAUUUUUGAAAGAUUCUGUGGUGAGAAUUUUACUUCUGUCAUGUAUGGGAAAAAAUUUUUCUCACAAAACUCUCCCAAUAAGAUGUGCAAUUCAGUUGUCAAGAUCAAUAUUUGUUAUUGCCCUGUCCUCACUCAUCAGGUUUGUAUCUCUUAUCAUCAAAGUAAUUCUAUUAAUAGAACCACUACGUUGUAUUUGCUAGUGUUUUAUCUUUUCCAUGGAACAAGUUAUUUUUCAGUCUUUUCCUAAUUAGUUCUUUAAUAGGCAGGUAUAUUUUAAAAAUUGUUCAAAGAAUCUUUGUUUUUUCUCAUCUAUACAAGAAUCAUUACAUAUUUUUUAACAAUCACUUUCCUUGUAAAUGACUCAGAUUCAUUAAUUUACUGGACAAUAUUGUUAGGGUGUAUAUUAAACCACAUAACUGUCUUUUAGGGGGGCAUAUUGUGUUAAAAUUCUGUUGCAAUUUAAUUAGGUUAGUUUUUUUUUUUAAAGAUGGGCUAUAUUUAAUACUUUUUGGUUUAGAUAUAAAAACCUACUUAACUUAUCAAUUAUAAUUUUGUUUCUAAUUGAUAUUCAAAAGGGAUAAAUGCAUUUGAUAUUAGCUUACCUAUUUUGAUUGAAAACUAAAAGAAUGCUAUCCCUAUGAAGACUUACCUAGAUAAAAAAACCUGGCAGAUGAAAGCUUUGUUUGUAUUAAAUGUGACAAAAAUAUGAAGGUGAUAGCUGAGUCUCUGCUGUUAUGUGGACUAUAACACUCUUUCUUAACUUUCAGAUGCCUUAUUAUUGGUCAUUUCAAAUAUUUGUUACUUUUAAAAAUUCACACAAGUUAAUUAUUGCCCAACUCUGGUUGUGUUUGGCUUUGGAGAUGUCUUAAUUAGCUUGUCCCAGACUGCAUCACCCCCAAAUGUCAUUGGAUCCCAUGGAACUGAGCCUUCAUAGCUUCUUAUGUUGUGUAGGUUUAAGUUAGAGGUGCCAGCAUAUGGCCCUUUUGUUGCGGAUCACUGGUUUAUGUUAACUUUUGAUUUUGAAAUUUUUAUUACAGUUUCUUGUUGCAAAUGUUUUAUACCAUUAUGUUUGAUAUAUAUUAAUAUAAAUUAAGAGAAUAUGACUUUAAAUUGAUCUUGACCCUAUUUGAUUCUGAAUGAAAAAUUAAACAAAGUUUUGAAAAAAAAAGGAA